CCCACCGGAUGCUGUCAUCGUCUCAUCUGUUCGGAUUCUAAUCUGUCGCGUGAGCGCUGUUUGAUCUGCGAUGCGCGCGCGACAGAAACGUCGCUUCCACGAGCACGGGGUCAUUAGGUAGGUGAAAGCCUGCGGUCGGACUGAGGGCUUGUUUUUCUGCGGACUCAGGUCCGGGAGGGGAGGCCCGGUUCCGCUCCGGUCCGGAUCGUUCAGACCCACAUCGUUAGCGAAUUCUCCUCCUGGAGGCGUUUAUGCAUCGGUAUGUUGUAGCGAACACACACUCACACACACUCACUGUUGUGGUUCUGUUAUUGUGGGUCCAGAACCUCAGGGACCGGUCCAGUCUCAGGGUGUUGGAGGGAAGCUGCGGAUCUGGCUUCAGCCUGAACUGACUGACAUCUGGGAUCCGCAGGAACCGGUUCUGAACCAAAGACCUGAGACUGGAGUCUGGGGGGGUGGGUAAAGGGGGACCAGUAGACCCAGUCUGCACUCUAGCCACUGUAGCUGCAACAGAACCGGGCCCAGCUGGUUUACAGCCUCGUAAAGCCUCAGCAAACACCUGACAUCAUGGUACCUGUGCACCUGCUGCUCCUCCCCCUGCUCUGCUCCAUGCUAGUGUACCGGUGUGACUGCGCCUGUGCCGAGGUGGACUCCGACACCGAGGCCGUGGCCGGGGAAGGCUUCAAACUGGGCUGCAUCUCCUGCAAGAAGAGGAGCGAGGUGGAGGCCACGGCCACCGUGGAGUGGUACUUCAGCCCCAGAGGGGAGUCCGAGUUUUUCCCCCUCUACACCUACGACGAGAACGGCCCCACCAUCGAACACGAAUACUUCAUGGACCGAAUCGCCUGGAACGGCAGCAAAAGGAGCAACGACAUCCAGGACGCCACCAUCUACCUGUUAAACGUCACCUUCAACGACUCGGGCACCUACCGCUGCUUCUUCCACCGCACCCUCUACUACGAGCACCACCAGCACUACGACCGCAUCGACAAGGUGGUCUACCUCAACGUGGUGGCCAAAGCCAACAGAGGAACAGCUUCCAUCGUGUCGGAGGUGAUGAUGUACGUGUCCAUCAUCGGCCUGCAGGUCUGGCUCCUCAUCGAGAUGAUCUACUGCUACAGGAAGAUCGCGGCGGCGGGGGAGGAGGCGUUACGGGAGGCGGCGAACGCCGAAUAUUUGGCGAUAGCAUCAGAGAGUAAAGAUAACUGUGCAGGUGUGCAGGUGGGAGAAUAGCACAGGUUUUCCUGGUGGACAGAACACUUCCCUCUACGCUCCAACCUGCAUGACGACAGCCGGGCCAGAGGCCUCCUCUUCACCUCCUCCUGCUCCUCCUCCUCACUGACAGCAUGGAACCAGCACUGUACAUAGAGUCCUGCUUGUGAAGCAUGUUCCAUCAGGAUUACGUUAUGCAUCAGCGGUCCAAACGUAUUCAGGCACACAUGUAGUCAGCCGCUCGUGGUUCCGCUGGACCCGCCGGGACGACGUGCUUCUGCCGGACCCGCCCGAUGGGAGGUUUUUACGGAUUCAUCGGCUGAAUGAGACUCACUGUUUAUUCCGACUGUACUUCCUGUUUAACCGCUAGCUGUUCACUCGGUGAUCCGAUGUUAAAGCGUGAUUAAAGAUGUUUUAAAACCGGA